GAAUUGCAAAUCAAAGGAAAUCAAAAACAAGGAACGCCACAAAAUGUGUGAAAUCUCAGUGGAAAGCACCGAAUAUUAAUUGGAAACAAUUUAACAAAUAUGGAAAAUGUGUCAGCGUCUGACAUCCGAACUGUCGAAAUGACAGACGCGUCAAUAAAAUACAAACAAAAAAAACAAGUGACAGCAGGAACACAACGGCAAAUACUCCGAUAUAGUUGGACAACAAAAUGGCUGCAUUUUUUAAUUUUUCUAGUCUGCAUAACACACACGCUGCAACAUGCAGCGCCUGAGGGCAACAUGUUGCAACAUGCAGCGCCUGAGGGCAACAUGUUGCAGCAGCAGCAAACGCAUGAAACAACUAGUGUAAAUAGCAGUGUAAAUAUCAACUUAAACAGUAAUUUCAAUGAAAUUGUCACCGCCACGGCCACGGCCUCUGCAACAGCAACGCUUCACACAGCAUCAGCAGGCACAUUAACCACAACAGCAACAACUCCAAUGCGCCACAAAUGGCGUCGGAAAUUUCCCUUUGCCGCAACUCGCAAUGCGAGCAGUACUGGCAACGGCAACAAACGGCGCAAACUGUUGCGUCCUCAUCACUAUCAGCGCAAUGUGACGCAUGCGACGCGCACAACAACAGCAAUGGCAACAAUUGCUGCUGCGACAACGGCAGCAACUUUGAUACCAAAGAUACAACAACAGCAGCAGCGGCAACAAUUUAGCUAUCGCACGCACUUGCAGACAAACUUUCAGCAACAGCAACAACAUUAUGUUGCAGACACUCAGCAACAGCGACAACAACAACAAGAACAACAACAGUACUUUGUUGCCAUAACUCCGCGACCGCAAAAGCAACGGCAACAUCAGCAGCAACAGCAACAUGGCUUUGCCUUGCUGCCUGCCACCUACUAUCAGCAACACCAGCAACAGCAACAACAGCUCGUUGGCAAUCUGAGCCAACAACAGCAGCAGCAGCAACACAUUCUAAUCCACCCGGGCAAUAACAACAUUGUGUUGUACAGCAACCUCGACUCGAUACCUCCUUGCCCGCCAGGCAUCCUACCAACAGCUGGUGUGCGUCUGAUGCCACAACAGUUCAUACCACUGCGCCCCACAACAACACAACGCUCCCGGCAACGCGGUAAGCAAAUCAUCGCAACGCUUAACCACUCACAACUCUUUUAAUUGUGCCCGUUGCAAAGAUAAAGUAUAAAAAUAAAAUAAGUGUUAAUUGCGCUAAUAAAAAUUGCAUUUGCUCCGUU